ACCACCACCUCCUCCUCGUCCUCCCUCUACUUCCACUCCUUCCUCCCGUCGCGCUGCGCAGCAGAGCCACAGACGGUCCUUCCAGCUCCGUGCAGCACCGGUGCGAAGAUGGUUGGCGGCUUGUGUGCUCGCAGGUUGGCCCGCCGGUCGCGGUCCGCCCUGAUAGCAGCCCUCACGGUGCUGCUGGUGCAGACAUUGAUUGUGUGGAACUUCAGCAGCCUCGACUCCGGCGAAGACAGGGAAAACGGAGGCUCCAGCGUACGGGGGAAGAGGGACCGGGUCGCAGGCAACAAAGCCGCUGGCAGCGACUAUUUCCAGCACGGGGUCCGGCAGCAGCAGCAGCAGCAGCAGCAUCUUCCUCCGCCGGGGAAGGGGACGUCUCGACACAUACAGCAGCCGGAUGGAUAUUACUCCCACCGGCCAAAGGAGAAAAGUAAAGUGGACAGCAACAACGAGAACUCCGUGCCCAAAGACUUUGAGAACAUAGACAAUAGUAACUUUGGUGCACGCUCACAGCCGCACCGGCAGUCUGUAGGGGCCACCAGCAGCAAGCAGCAGCGGGGGCACCUGCAGGAGAAGGCCCACGCCCAGCAGCAGGCAUGGCGGGACAGCUCCCCGAGUCUGGGUCGCAGCUCAAACGAAGUGCUACCUGUAGGUCACCAGCCGCUGGCUGUUGGCAACAAUGCCUCCUACCCGGGCGGUCAGGGUGUCGCCGGAGUGUCGCAUCAACAGUACCGUGCCUCACAGGCCCAGCAGGCCCAGUCACAGCACAGACAUCAGCACCCCCACAGGAGGCAAGCGACCGCAGCGCCACUGGAGGUGACCUACGACCAGCCACCAAAGUGCGAGAUCAGUGGGAAGGAAGCCAUUUCAGCUCUAUCCAGAGCCAAGAGCAAGGAGUGCCGGCAACAAAUUGCUGAAGUGUACUGUAGACACAAGGAAGGGCAGUUAAUGCCUGAGAAGGUCACUCGCUACUGCCCCCUCGAGGGUAAAGCCAAUGCUAAUGUCCAGUGGGACGAGGACUCUGCUGAGAGCUUUCCAUCAAAACCAGUCAGGAUAGCGUUCGUCCUGGUGGUCCACGGACGAGCGUCUCGCCAGUUUCAGCGCCUCUUCAAAGCCAUCUACCACACCUCGCACUACUACUACAUACACGUCGAUCAGCGCUCUAACUACCUGCACAGGCAGGUGCAUGCCUUGGCUGCGCAGUAUCCAAAUGUGAGGGUGACACCCUGGCGCAUGGCCACUAUCUGGGGCGGUGCCAGUCUGCUGACCAUGUAUCUUCGCAGCAUGGCUGACCUGCUGGCCAUGAGGGACUGGAGCUGGGAUUUCUUCAUCAACCUCAGUGCUGCCGACUACCCCAUAAGGACCAAUAACCAGCUGGUGGCCUUCCUGUCAAAAUACAGAGACAUGAACUUCAUCAAGUCCCACGGCAGAGACAACGCCAGGUUUAUCCGUAAACAGGGUCUGGAUCGUUUGUUUUACGAGUGCGACACCCACAUGUGGAGGCUGGGGGACCGUAAAAUCCCAGAAGGCAUCUCUGUGGACGGCGGGUCCGACUGGUUCCUUCUCAACCGCAUGUUCGUCGAGUAUGUCAUCAACUCCAAGGACGACUUGGUGACCAACAUGAAGCGCUUCUACGCCUACACUCUGCUGCCUGCAGAGUCAUUCUUCCACACGGUGCUGGAGAACAGCGCCCACUGUGAGAGCAUGGUGGAUAACAACCUGCGCAUCACCAACUGGAACCGUAAACUGGGCUGCAAGUGCCAGUACAAGCACAUCGUCGAUUGGUGUGGAUGCUCCCCAAAUGAUUUCAAGCCAGCAGACUUCCACCGCUUCCAGCAAACAGUGCGGCCCACCUUCUUUGCCAGGAAGUUUGAAGCCAGCGUGAACCAGGAGAUAGUGAACCAGCUGGACAGCUACCUGUUUGGACCGUUUCCCCAGGGAACGCCGAGCCUAAACUCAUACUGGGAGAGUGUGUACGAUGAGCCAGACGGCGUGGCCAGUCUGUCGGACACGAAGCUCACGUACUACCACUCCUUCGCACGGCUGGGCCUUGCCAGAGCUGCCGCCUCGCUUCAGGGAAACCCAAAGGACCACAGCUGCAGGUACUUCCCCAUGGGCCACCCGGUGUCAGUGCAUCUCUACUUCCAGUCAGACCAGUUCCAAGGCUACCUGGUGAAGCACCACGCCACCAAUCUGGCCACUAGCAAGCUGGAGACCAUGGAGACCUGGGUGGCACCCAAAAAGAACUUCAAGUUAACCACGCCUCCCAGCAGCACAUUCAGCAGGUUACAGUUCGCGGAGAUCGGGGCCGAGUGGGAUGCCAAAGAACGUAUGUUCCGAAACUUUGGCGGCCUGAUGGGUCCCAUGGACGAGACGAUGGGCAUGCAGAAGUGGAGUAAAGGCCCUAACGUCACCGUCACAGUCGUGUGGAUCGACCCCACCAAUGUCAUCGCGGCCACCUAUGACAUUCUCAUCGAUGCCAACGCCGAGUUCACCCACUACCGCCCGCCACUAAACCAGCCUCUGCGGCCUGGCGUGUGGAGUGUCCGCAUCCUGCACCACUGGAGCCCCGUGGCUGAGAUGCGCUUCCUCAUUGCCCCGUUGGCGUACAAUAAACACCAGCCCAUACGACAAGAGGAUACUCUGAAGCUGCACAACGGGCCAGCAAAGAACAGCUACAUGGAGCAGAGUUUCCAUGGCCUGAACCCAGUGCUCAACAUCCCUGUCAGCCUUGGCUACGUGGAGCAGGCCAAGAGGAACGCGGCCCUGACCGGCCCAGAGCUCGAGCGUUGGUCAGACAGCCUGGUGGGCGAGUUGUGGGAGGCAGCCGACGUCUGCGCUGUGGGCCCUACCGCCUGCCCUGUCAUGCAGGCCUGCCCCAAGAACCCUUGGAGCUCCCUGAGCCCAGACCCCAAAUCCCAUCUGGGAGCACCUCGCGCAGACGGCCGCAUCAGGUAGCAGCGAGGCCUCCAGCUGGACAGGAGGCCACGGCACAGGAGAUUCACUGUUGAUUCUUAUUUAUUUAAGGAGUUUGUUGCAGGUGGGGGAAGAAAAAGUGUUUCUGGAGAAAAAGGAAACAAAAGAAAAAGUGGAUUUUUCAGGGAGGUUGUUGAGGGUGUCUGGAAAGAGAGCGGAGAGAAUGAUUUUCAGAUCCUCCCACGGGGUUCCUCCUUUUAGGGGAUUAUGCUGGCUUUGCUAUUUCAGUUUUUCAGUGUAUUUAUUUUUCUUCUCAUGGCUGAGUUUUACUGUGAUCAAACGUUGCAAUUUUCGAGCAUUUAUUUUGCUGCUGAAUGAAUUAUGAAGUCAGCUUUUAAAAAGCCCUGCACGGGGCACAGCGGUCAUGUGAGUUGUGGAUUGUCAACACUGGUAGCAGACAAAAGUUCUGCUGCAAACAAAAAGGCCUUAGCUGUAAGACAAAUAUAUGAGGAGGUAGCUCAGUACUGAACGAAACGUGCCUCCUUGUGUGUAUUUCAGCAGAAACAAAAUUAUAUCUGAGCGUUCAGAUACACCCAAACAGUCAAAAAAAAGAAAAGAAAAAAGAUUAUUUUGAUACGACUCAAAUGCAGCAGCAUUAAAAGAAAAUGUCAUAUUUAUGAAGAACACAUAUUUUAGCAUCAUAAAAGCAAACGACUUAAAAACUCGCAACAGCAGCACAUCUUUUAGUUCAGUGCCUGAUCAGGAUGUGGAACUGUUGUGGCUGGGUGAACCAUCUGCUGCAGUCACAUUUUGGUAAAUAUGGAAAAAAGAGAAAUGCAAAUUCAGAAUAAUUAAAACUAUUUGGAUUCUAAUAGAAAUUUAUGAGAUGUUUAGUACUCUAAAUUCAUAAAUGCUUCACUUGUAGUUGUUGUACAAUAGUAUUUUAAGACUUAACAUUCACAUAGUGUAGGUUUUUGUUUAAACAAUCAUAGAUGUUGUGACAGGCAGAGGACAAAGAGAGAAUUGUUUUGUCCGUGUCAGCUUUCUUACCAACCUGCCUCAAACUUGAAACACAAUUAUUUCAAGCUGAUCUUAAUAUCCUCAUUCUUGUUUUUAGUGUCAUCUUUUUUACUUUCUUCCAGUCAUUUCAAUGAUAUUUUAUGUCGUACGUGAUUAUACAUGAAGUCUCAAAAAGUGUGUGAAUGAUGGGGGGGUUGAGUCCAUGAGUCGCUAUUUAUUUAUAAGUUUAUAUUAAUACUGAUAUUUUUAGUCAGUGACUAAAUAACUGCGACGCUGCCUUGGCAGCAUGAUAAAUAUUUUUUUGUAAAGAAAGCCGCCUUUAUUUACAAAGGCCAACACCCCAAACUUAUUCUGUACCUUUUUAUGGGCCGCACCUGAGUGUUAGUCAGUGUUGUUCUGUCUGAAUAGAUCUUCUUGUCUUGGGUUUCUUACAUGGCUGUUUGCCAAGUGCAUCACAAGAGAAAGCCAACCCUGACCUUUGGGGUCAGAGGUCAGCCACAUAACAACCUCACCAAACAGAGAAGGUGAACAAAGACACUUUUCAUAAACCUAACAACAUUGGACAACGUCUGGACAUCGAAGGAGGAACUGUGCUUUUUUUCGGUGUUUCAUGGUUCCUGUCAGUUUCAGAACGAUAGUGAGUGGUAGUGAUCUUCAUGCUGUGACAAUAAUGUACAAUUUCAAGUGAAUAUUAUAUUGUGUCUUGACUGCAAAAUGCAUCAUUUAUUCGAUCCGGGUCUAUGGCACCUUUUUCAACUCUAUUUACAUUUGAAGUACCUUUUUCUGCCAUCAAGACAAUCUCUGGACUUUGGAGACAAGUUGAUUACACUGAGGGUAACGCUGCACCGCAACACAUCCUGAACAAGAGGUAUGGUCAUCAUGUUUGUUUUCACUUUGAAAUAAGUUUCAUCUGGAGCCAAUUAGGAGUUCAAUCUGUGAUUGUCAACAUUGUUUAGCCACCACACAAGCUAAGUGAGUGUUUCUGCACAGGCUAAUUAAGAGACAUUACUGUUCAUUAAUGUCAAGUUCACCUUGCCUCUCUUGUCGGAUGUGUCGAUUAUAAUUGCUAUCACUCCUUCCCUCUCAAAUCUACACUGUUUCUGGGGCAGGGUUGUAAAGGACUAUUGUGUUUUUCCACUGGCCACCUUUUAACUUAUAGUGCCACCGUGUUCGGAACAAUUGCUUCACACAAUACAUAUUAUUAUGUAAGCUCAAUGACAGUUUUGGAAAAAGGUGAAUUAAAUAAAUGUAACUCAUUGUGGAAGUCCUAUUUUGUAACAAAAUGAUUAACAAAUGAAGAAGAUGUACAUAGGUAUUUUGUAUUGAAAUAUUGUUUAAAAGGUAUUGUACAUGUAAAUACAGAUGUGGUAAAAAAUAAAAUAAAUAAAUAAUAAUAAUUGAAUUAUUAAGAGUUUUUGACGUGUCAAUAACUGGGCACAAAGAGUGAAUUGAUGGUGUUUAUUGAUCAAAAUACAUAACCUGUUUCAGUGUUUAUGGACAGCUGUGACAACAACCUUGUCCUGUUUGCCUCUCAGAGAAAAUCACAUGCCAGAUUGUUGUUGUUCUUGCUGGAAUGUAAUGUUGAGCAACUGUUGCACAAAUUUCUCUGAACUGACGUUUCCCCUGUUACUUGUUUUUGGGGAGGCUCUGUGUGCCUUAGCUGACUUUUAGAACCUUCUCUGUCCAUUAAAAGACAAACCUUAUUUUGUUAUUUGUUCUGAUCUGAUGUGAAGAAUACCAUGAGUUUGUAGAGUGAUUCACUGGUACUGCAACACCAAAAAGAUGUCUGCUGUUGUAUAUACUGUAUCAUCAGGCCUUCUGUCUUUAUCAGCUUUGAUUUUUUUUUUCUCCCUCUGGGAGAUUUGUUUUGUUGUACUUGACUGGCUUGUUUUACUUUUCUCUGACUGCUUUUUGGAAAUAAAAUUCUAUGGAAAAA